UAAUCACCUUCCAUAUCUAGCGACUAUGUUUUCACCAAAAUCAGAAAUGCCUCUCCUUCCCGCAGGCGCAGGGUGUUCGCAUAGAAUCCCAUCAUCAACGAUUUCUGAAUUAAGAAAUUUUAUCUACAAAAUGCCCAAAACAAGAUUCUCGUCAGCGCUUCGACUUCGAUGCAAGUCUGAAGUUUCCAAUUCAGACUCAGAACCACGCACUGAUUCACUGAGUGGCGCUUCUACGCCCGAGAUUCGGGUUUUCAUGAGGAAGAAAAGAAUAAAGAAAGAGUUCGAAGUUGGAACUGAACAGCCAAAACAAUGUGGUCUACCAGACAUUGAAGAAUUUGCAUAUAGAAAAGCAAAUGGAUCUGUCAAGUCCAAACCCUCCACGAAGGUGCUUCCAGAGGGAGCUAUAGUAGCUUCUGCUAUGAAGAAAGCAGGGGAACCACCUGCAAACUGGGAAAGAGUACUUGAAGGCAUUUGCAAAAUGAGAUCCUCUGAAGAUGCACCAGUGGACUCUAUGGGAUGUGAGAAGGCUGGCAGUUCUCUUCCUCCCAAGGAAAGAAGAUUUGCUGUGCUUGUUUCUUCACUUCUGUCGAGCCAAACCAAGGACAAUGUAACUCAUGGAGCAAUCCAGCGCCUCCUGCAGAAUGGCCUGCUUACACCUGAUGCCAUUAUCAAAGCUGAUGAAGCAACCAUCAAAGGAUUGAUUUAUCCGGUUGGAUUUUAUACAAGAAAGGCUGGUAAUUUGAAGAAAAUUGCUGAGAUUUGCCUCAAAAAGUAUGAUGGAGAUAUACCUAACUCAUUGGAGGAUUUACUGUUACUUCCGGGUAUAGGUCCUAAGAUGGCUCAUUUGGUAAUGAAUACGGGAUGGAACAAUGUUCAAGGGAUAUGUGUAGAUACUCAUGUGCAUCGCAUAUGCAAUCGGCUGGGAUGGGUUUCCCGACGUGGCACAAAACAGAAAACUUUGACCCCUGAGGAAACUAGAGAGGCGUUGCAACUGUGGCUUCCGAAGGACGAAUGGGCUCCAAUUAACCCUCUUUUGGUUGGAUUUGGACAGACAAUUUGUACUCCGCUUAGACCUCGCUGUGGAAUGUGUGGUGUGAAUGAGUUCUGUCCAUCUGCAUUCAAGGAUACCUCGAGCCCAUCGGCCAAGCUCAAGAAGUCUGGUGUGAGCGAGAAGCUUUGACUUGGUUUUAGCCAUUGGAAAGGGAAUUGUUCUCUCAUUUUGCCUCCAGUUGUUGUGCAGUUUGAAAGAACAAUGGCAUUUGCAAAUGCAUACCGGAACAGAAGCAACACCGAAUUAGGAUGGAUUGAUUUUGGGAAAAAAAAUACUUGUUCUUACUAUUGUUUCCAUUAGCAUUUGAAUGUAGAGAUAUAACGGCAAAUGCGACAACCUGAAGAAUUGCACUUCAAUAGUUCUGGUUGGUAACACUGAUUAUAUGCCUGAAAUUUGAGUACUAUGUAUUUACUUUUCUUGGUUUGUAGCCAAA